AUGGGGCCCAUGACGGGGCCGUCGAGGCAGCUCUCGGUACUCGCAGUUGCCUGCACGAUCGCAUUGCUGCUCGCGUCAGCUGCCGCGCGGCCCAGCAAGGAGGAUCUAAUCAACGAGGUGAAGGCGGCCCGAGAAGCGCUGAAUGACCCCAAGCUGAACGGAAAAUAUAAGGGCAGCGGCGCAAUGAUGGACCGAAUUCUUCCGACUCUGGAGAACGAUUGGAACCCACCAGACGACUACCUCGCCAACACCGAGGGGAAAACCGUCCUCCUACCCGACGACACGGCCAUCGUUUCCGCGGCGCCCGACAUGGUUACCACGUUCACGAAAUCCAAGCUCACGCGCGACGAGGUUACCCCGUACGGGAACUGGAUUCGCACGAACAUUCUCAACGGAGUGUACGAGGAGGACGGCCUAAAACUCGCUAAAGACCUGAAGAACGAGAACGGUCGCAGUGUGGAUACGGCAGGUUUUGGACUCCAAGACGGGAAAGAAGAAGGUGGCAAUCGGGAAGGGCAAGGCGAAGAUCAAGACUCCGGCGAUUUUUAG